AUGGCUGGUAGACUUUUCCGCUGGCCGGGUGCCAUGCGCCAAUCGGCCAUCUCGCAGGCUCGCAGCUACGCUUCAAAGUCAGCGAUCCCGACAUUCUCCCCGACUUCCUCCUCCGAAUUGAACGACGCCCUCGACCGAUUCCGACGAGAUCUCUUCAUUCCGGCUGGCCUCCCGAAAAGACAACGAACAAGCAUGUACAAGGAGAAGUACGCGCAGCGAUUGCGGGAUGAACCCAUUACUAUCAACAUUAGCGAAACUGAAGAAUACACUCUGCAGCCCAAGAAGCACAUUGAUUCCCCAAAGAAGUCGGAUGCCAUCGAGGUCAUUAAGAUGAUGCAAGCUACCGAGGACUAUAAGAACUUCAUUCCCUUUGUCAGUGGGCUGCGGGGAGCCCAGUAUUCUGUUACGGAUGAUCACUGGGAACAGAUCAUUCGCAAGGCAGGCGGUGCUCACAAGCUUCACCUGAUCAUCGAGUGCGCCAGGCAGUCGGAGAUCACUGGCCUUCGUUUGCGGAACUUGGAGCUAGUCAAGACUAUUUUCUUCACGCUUCACCUUUCUGCUCAAAAGGCUGAGUUCAAGGGCCCUGAGGUUGGAAAGGCUCUGAACAUGGCCAAGCAGGCAGUCGACAUUAUGGACGCCGACCUCCCCGACCAUUCAUACAGUGCUCCCUCCAUGAACCCUAAGAGCCAGCCCGUUGUCAUCGCUGCUCUUCUGGAGCUAAGUGCCGCUCGCGCUAUCAACGAUUUUGCUGGCAAAGACAACGACAAGGAAGUCCUCGGCUAUACUCAGAAGCUCCUUGCCUCUGCGCCUAAGGGCCAUUACCAAAAAGGCCCCUCGGACGAUGGUCGCAAGAACCUCAACAACUGGAUCCGUGAGGCAAGCACAGUCUACAAUGGAUUGCGAAUGUGCCAAUCGAUUCAUGGCAUCGCUGCCGAUAAGGUCCUCAACCGCGAAGUCUCUUCUCGUCUCGACGAAGUGAAGAAGUCGCUGAAGACUGUGGUUGAGGACUCCACGCACAAGGACAAGGAUAGCGAGCACUGGAAGCACGCCCGCGAGCUGCUCCAGGGCUAG